AUGGACGACUCCACCAUACUUAAACAUGCCCAACGAUUGCGCCGCUCACGUUACUCGGCACGACCCUUCGCCCUCACCAUCCUCGCCAUCUCCCUCAUAUCACUGCUAGCAUGGGCCAGGUCGCAAGUUACCCACGGCAGCGCCCUUGGUGGCGCGGUACACAAGAGGGACUUGUCCAUCAAGGACGAAGAGUGCCGCCUUGUUCACCGCGCCACAGACCAAUGCGCCUUUGUGCGCGCAAACUGCCCCGAUGAAGAAGCCGGCGUCAUAUCCUACCUGACCCUUUACUACUGCCGUCUCCCGCAUGCGAAACCCGUUGCCUUCGUCCUCAUGACACUCUGGCUCGCGCUCCUCUUCAGCACCAUUGGCAUCGCCGCGAGCGACUUCUUCUGCGUUAACCUCAAUACCAUUGCGCGCAUGCUGGGCAUGAGCGAGAGCUUGGCCGGCGUCACACUGCUCGCCUUUGGCAAUGGCAGCCCCGACGUCUUCUCCACAUUUGCCGCCUUCCGCACCCACGCUGCAAGUCUGGCCGUAGGCGAGCUCAUCGGUGCUGCAUGUUUCAUCACGGCUGUGGUCUCGGGCUCCAUGGCUCUAAUUCGCCCCUUUCAAGUCGCGCGCAAGAGUUUUGUUCGCGAUGUUGGUUUCUUUCUCAUUGCAGCGGCCUUCAGCAUGGGCUUCAUCGUUGACGGGAAACUGCAUCUGUGGGAGUCUGUCACCAUGGUAGCCUUUUAUCUCUUCUACGUCGCCUUCGUUGUGGGCUGGCACUGGUGGCUCAACUUGAGAAAGGCGCGACGGGCGAGGGCGGCCGCCAUCAGGAGCCACUAUGUCACGCCCGGCGGCGAAGAGGAGGAAUUUCCAGAAUACCAUGACGAUGAAAUUAGCGCUGGUAGCAGGACCCCAGGCUACGGCGUAUCCAUUGACGACUUUUCCAUGCUUGAACGCGCAGGCGGCGACAAUAUCAUAGAUGACGAUGACAAUGAGGAAGAGCGCGAACGCUGGAUGGGCGAGUUGACCAACAAUAUGCGCGUCAAUCGCCCAAGCAUGUCGAGGCGCAAUACUCACACACCCAUCCGUCCGAGUUUGGUGGGAGCCUUGGAGUUUAGAGCGGUACUCUCCUCCCUGCAAAAGUCGCGCAACAUCCAGUCCAUGCCAAUCAGCUUGCGACGAUAUUCUGACGACCCUACCUAUACGACUGCCCAACAGCAAAACUACAUCUCACAAACAGCAGGUCCCGCGAAUCGACCUCCAUUCCAUGUGAACCCAACUGCUUCCAACGCCUCGCUGCAUGUGACCCGACCAAAUCUCGACAUCCAGCAGAGCCUAGGCAAUCGAGCGCGAGCUGUUUCCACAAACGACAUUGACAAUGUCCGACUACAGUCAAGCACGCUGCAGGGACAUGGCGUACCUGACAUUACCUUUGCAUCCGCCACUCCCAACAAACCCAACAGACUGCUGGAAGCGCCUCCGUCGCCGACCAUCUCGUUGUCUCCGCCAGCUUCCCGCUCUUCCAGAGCACCAAGUCCUGCCGCACCGAGAGACAGGCUUCCCUCACCUAACAGGCUGGCGCCCCCAGGCUCCGAGGACCAGGCUCCCCUCCGUGCAGUCACAUCAUCACCAAGCCCCCGCUCGAGUCCAGUAACAGAACCCGAUGCUCGUCCUCAACCACCUAGUUUGAAGCUGACUGUACCGGAUGCCACUUCUCCGCCGAUACCAUUUCCGCCUUAUACCGAUUAUCCUUGGUCGGCGCAAUCCGUUUCUAGACCCCAGAGUCUACGUCUGCCUUCGCCGAGCGCGUCACCCGAGUCUACCUACUUCCCACGAGAUCCUUUCGGUCAUGUCGAAGCAGCCAGAAUGCCAAAAUGGUGGCCCUCAAGCCUUCUACCGACUCCAUACGUUCUGGUUUCCACUCUGUUCCCGACAUUGACCAAUUGGUCGGACAAGAAUAUUUUCGACAAACUUUUGGGACUUGUUGCAAGUCUACCUGUCUUCUUGCUUACCAUUACGCUCCCAGUUGUCGAGCCGCAAAAGGAUGAGAACGAUGGAGGUCAGGCGGAGCUUUCUUUAGAUUUCGGUCUACCACCUGCGGCUACGCCGCAUAGUGGAAGCAUGGACUCGCAUACUCGCAGCGUGUCACUCUCUUCCUUCUCGACAACCCAAUGGUGGAUCGUUCAGCACGACCACCAGCCAACCGCCACCGCAGGUGUACAUUACGGAUUCCGACACUGUGGCGCAAUCACCCGAGCAACUUCCCACGAUUCCUACACCUAUCGAGCCAAGACAAUGGAACCGCUGGCUGGUGAUCGUGCAAGUGUUUACAGCCCCUUCUUCCUCGUCCUUGUCCUCUGGGCAAACAUUGAACCCGACAACCCACGUGUUUUGCUUCGUCACACGCUCUACGCUCUGGUCGUCUCGCUCAGCGUCCUUGCCUUUAUCCUCUUCACCACCACGCCAAACCGCGCGCCAAAUUGGCGCUCAGCACUCUGCUUUCUCGGGUUUGCCGUCGCCAUUGCUUGGAUCAGCACCAUUGCCAACGAAGUCGUUGGUGUUCUGCGCACCCUGGGUGUUAUCCUCAACAUGUCCGACGCCAUUCUCGGUCUGACCAUCUUCGCGGUUGGCAAUUCACUUGGUGAUCUCGUCGCCGACAUUACCGUUGCACGGCUCGGAUUCCCUAUCAUGGCCCUCUCGGCCUGCUUUGGCGGCCCGAUGCUGAACAUCCUACUCGGCGUAGGGUUGAGCGGAUGCUACAUGAUCAUCACCAAGGGCGAGCACCGCCAUGAAAAACACCCAGAUCAGUCGGUUCAUUUCAGACCCUACCAUAUCGCUGUGAGCACAACCUUGGUGAUAUCAGGAGCGACUCUGCUUGUAACACUCGCUGGGCUUCUUGUUGCCGUACCGAUGCGCAAGUGGAGAAUGGACAAGAUUAUCGGGUGGGGUUUGGUCGCGUUAUGGUCUCUAAGUACUACUAUAAAUGUAAUUGUAGAAGUACUAGGUUAUAGUAGUGACGUUAGUUAG